AUGCAAAAGACAGGGAAAAAAGGUAUUGCAGCUCUCAAACUUGACAUGAGCAAGGCAUAUGAGCGGGUAGAAUGGUGUUUUAUUAAAGCAAUGUUAGUUACUUUUGGCUUCUCGGAGGUUUGGGUGAAAUGGAUUAUGCUUUGUCUUGAAACGGUGUCUUAUUCUAUUUUACAUGAGGGCCAUGAGUUAGGCUCAAUUAUUCCGCAAAGAGGACUUCGUCACAGAGAUCCUUUAUCUCUGUAUCUUUUUCUCAUUUGUGUCGAGGGCCUAUCUAGACUAUUGGAAGACAAAGCAAGACAAGGGUUAGUUCAAGGCUUCAAGAUAGCUCAAUCAGCUCCUACUAUUUCACAUCUCUUUUUUGCUGAUGAUAGUUAUGUGUUCUUCAAUGGCACUGAGGAAGAAGCAAUCUGCAUUAAAGAUAGUUUGGCCAUUUAUGACAAGAACACCAAACCUGAGAUGAGUAGAGCUAUUUGUGCUGCUCUUCAAGUUAAUCCAGUUGAGGAGAUGAAUACGUUUGGCUACAUUAAAGACCGUAUCCAACAACGAUUUCAAGAUUGGAAAGAAAAGUUUCUGUCCAAAGCCGGGAAGGAAGUUUUAAUAAAAUCUGUUCUUCAAGCUUUACCAACUUCUGUUAUGGGUGUAUUUCUUUUACCAAAGCAACUCUGUGAGGACAUUGAAAGAAUUAUAGCUCGAUUUUGGUGGAAGUCUUCGCGCUCAAACAAUACAGGAGUUAUCUGGCAAAGGUGGGAGAGACUAUGCAAACCGAACUUGGAGGAAUGGGUUUUAGGAGCUUCCAUGAAUUUAAUCUGGCUCUGUUGGCUAAGCAUAGCUGGCGUAUCAUCCAAAGCCCUAAUUCUCUGGUGUCUAGGGCUCUUAAGGCUCGCUACUUCCCCAACUCGAAGUAUCAUCGCAGGUAGAGAAACUGUUCUGCAAGGUAUCGUUUGUAAAAUUGGUGAUGGAAGAGACACAAACGUGUGGACUGACCCUUGGCUGCCCUCAAUUGAAAAUCCUUUUGUAACAACUAUAAAGCCCGGUGGGGUUCAGCAUAUUCUUGUCGCCCAGCUUAUUGAUCAGAACAGAAGUUGGGAUAUCCCUAUCAUUAAUUCCAUUUUCAAUCCCAGAGAUAGAGGAUUAAUUCUCUCCAUUCCUCUAUGUAAUAAGAAUGAUUCAGACUUGUGGAUGUGGGGCAAGGAUCAGGGUGGAAUUUUUACAGUGAAGAGUGCUUAUUUUCAAGCUUUUCGAUCUAAUCAUCUUGUUUCCUCUUCUGAUGUGGAGGUGAAUUGGCCCAGAUUUUGGAAAAUUGCUAUUCCUCCUAAAGUGAAAAAUUGUUUAUGGAGAGCUUUGUCAGGGAGUCUACCCACAAUCAACAACUUGCUUCAACGCCAUGCAGCAGUCAUGAAUUAUUGCCCAGUUUGUGGUAAUGAGGGAGAAUCGGAGGAGCACGUUUUUAGGGACUGCACUUUUGCCAAGGACUGUCUUAGCAUAUUUUUUUAUCAUUACGAUGUGGAUUCAAACUCUCCAUUUAAUGUCUGGUUCAAUUUACUCCUUCUUGGUUUGAACGCUAAUAAGUUUGCUGAUUUGUGUGGUUUGUUAUGGCGGCUUUGGAAUCAUAGAAUUGAUGUAUUAUGGAGGAAACUUUCGUGUAAACCGGCUGAUGUGGUCCGAGAAGCUUGCAACUUUAUCUACCAUUGGAGAGAGGCGCGAAGGCAAAAAAAUAGUCCAGCUGCUGUAUGCAAUAGUUUGGCAGGUAACAGAUGGAUGAAACCAAGCAUAGGAUCUCUUACUUGUAAUGUAGACGCGGCUGUUACUCCUGGCUCAGACUACAGCGCUUUUGGGUUCAUUAUUAGAGAGCGCAAUGGAGAUUGUUUAGCAGCUAAACAUGCGGGGUUGGUUGGUAGCUUGGAUCCGAGAGUGGCAGAAGCUAUUGGAUUUCGUGAAGCUUUAAGCUGGAUAAAAAGCAAAGGUAUCUCUUCUGUUCGUGUGUAA